AUGAAGUUCCUCACAGGAUUGUCCCUGCUCGCUCUAGUUUCUCCGUCUCUGUGUGUUCCUGCCUUGCAGCUUCACGCGCGCAAUGGCCUGGUUUCUACUGAACAACCUUUGAUUAAGCUCAAGCCGCAAAGAACUGUUUCUCGCGAGCUUGUGAACCUGGAUGGUCUGUGGAAAUUCUCACUCGCAUUCGGCCCCAACGACACAGCUCAGCCGUGGACAGCACCAUUGCCCAAGGGCCUUGAAUGUCCAGUCCCUGCCUCAUAUAACGACAUCUUCGUCGAUCCCGAGAUCCACAACCAUGUCGGCUGGGUGUAUUAUCAGCGUGAUGUGAUCGUUCCCAAGGGCUGGUCCCAGGAGGAAUAUCUUUUGCGAGCUGAAUCCGCUACGCACCAUGGCCGAAUUUAUGUCAAUGACCGCCUCGUCGCCGAGCAUGUCGGCGGCUAUACACCCUUUGAAGCCGAUAUCACAAACGUCGUCACCGCUGGAGAGAAGUUCCGCUUAACGAUUGCCGUAAACAAUGAGCUCACCCAUGAGACUAUCCCGCCGGGAAAGAUUACAAUUGGGGAAGCCACUGGCAGGAGAAUCCAGACCUACCAGCACGACUUCUACAACUACGCCGGUUUGGCUCGAUCCGUUUGGCUUUACUCUGUUCCCCGCCAACACAUCCAGGACAUUACCGUUGUCACGGAUGUUCAAGAAAAUAAUGGACUGAUUCACUACGACGUCAAAGUAUCCAACAACACGUCCGGGCAGGUCAAGAUUACGGUCCUUGACGAGGAUGGUGCCGCCGUUUCCGGUGCCACUGGUGCCAAUGGGACCGUCAAGAUCAAUUCCGUCAAGCUGUGGCAACCAGGUGCCGCCUAUCUCUACCAGUUCCAGGCCAGCAUUGUGGACUCCAACGGCAAGCUCGUCGACACCUACAGCGUGGCUACGGGCGUGCGCACCGUCAAAGUGAGCGGGAAGAAGUUCCUCAUCAACGACAAGCCCUUCUACUUCACCGGAUUUGGAAAACAUGAAGACACCGCGAUACGUGGCAAGGGACAUGACCAAGCAUACAUGGUCCACGAUUUCCAACUGAUGCAUUGGAUUGGAGCAAACUCUUUCCGCACAUCACACUACCCUUACGCCGAAGAAGUCAUGGAUUUCGCCGACCGCAACGGCAUCGUCGUGAUCGAUGAGACCCCUGCUGUUGGCCUGAACCUUGGCAUGUCAAUUUCCGGGAGUACAACUGUUCACACUUGGUCCCAGGAAAACAUAAACAACAACACCCGGGAAGCCCACAAGCAAGCCCUCCGCGAGCUCGUGUCUCGAGACAAGAACCACGCCAGCGUUGUCAUGUGGUCGAUCGCCAACGAGCCUGCCUCAGCCGAAGAUGGAGCCCGCGAAUACUUCGAGCCACUGACCAAGAUGGCUCGCAAACUAGACCCCACGCGUCCUAUCACCUUCGCCAACGUCGGCGGCGCAACCUCGCAGCUUGACAAGAUCGCCGACUUGUUCGAUGUUACCUGCAUCAACCGGUAUUUCGGCUGGUACUCGCAGACCGGCGACCUUGCCGAAGCAGAGGCUGCUUUGGAAAAAGAGCUACAAGGCUGGCAGGAUAAGUUCGACAGGCCAAUCAUCAUGACCGAGUAUGGUGCGGAUACCCUUGCGGGUCUGCACUCUGUCCUCGGUCUGCCCUGGAGCGAGGAGUUUCAGACUCAAAUGCUGGAUAUGUAUCACCGGGUGUUUGAUCGCUUUGAGGCUAUGGCUGGCGAGCAUGUCUGGAACUUUGCGGACUUCCAGACUAGCUUGGGCAUAUACCGUGUAGAUGGUAAUAAGAAGGGUGUCUUCACUCGUAACCGCCAGCCUAAGGCCGCUGCACACAGUUUAAGGGCGCGGUGGACCAAGUUGCAUACGAGCAGUUAA